AUGUCUUCAGCUUCGCUAGUUAAGAGCUUCAACCUCACCUCUUCUUCCUCCUCCUCACCCUUCUCUCCUGCUACCAGCAGGAAACCUAGUCCUUGCAGUGUUUCUGCCAGGCUCACUACUUCUCCUGCUUCUCGAUCUCCUGCCCCUAGCCUCAUCCAAAACAAGCCUGUUUCCUCUGUUCCUGCUCUAACUAGGAAGGAAGAAAUGGGAAAGGAAUAUGAAGAGGCCAUUGCAUCUCUCCAGAAACUUCUCAGUGAGAAGGCAGAGCUGAAAGCUGAAGCAGCAUCCAAGGUGGAGCAGAUAACAGCCCAAUUGCAGACAGUCGAUGGCAGCGGCACCAAGACUUAUGAUGCCGUCGAGAGACUCAAGAGCGGCUUCAUUCACUUCAAGAAAGAGAAAUAUGACACCAACCCAGCUCUGUUCAAUGAACUUGCCACAGGCCAAUGGCCCAAGUUUAUGUUGUUUGCAUGCUCGGAUUCCCGGGUUUGCCCAUCACAUGUUCUGAAUAUCCAGCCAGGGGAGGCUUUUGUGGUCCGCACAGUUGCUAAUUUGGUCCCACCCUUUGAUAAGACUAGAUACUCUGGAACUGGGGCGGCCGUUGAGUAUGCUGUUUUGCAUCUUAAGGUUCAAUACAUUGUGGUGAUUGGGCACAGCGCUUGUGGUGGGAUUAAGGGACUCUUGUCCAUCCCAGAAGAUGGAAAAACCUCCACUGACUUCAUAGAAGACUGGGUGAGCAUCGCCUCCCCUGCAGGGAAGAAAGUGAAGGGAGAGCAUGGCGCUGCUCCCUUCGCUGAAUUAUGCGGCCAUUGUGAAAAGGAGGCGGUGAAUGUGUCGAUUGGGAAUCUGCUGAGCUAUCCAUUUGUGAGAGAUGGUUUGCUGAAGAAAACUCUGGCAAUCAAGGGAGGCUACUACGACUUUGUCAAGGGAGGUUUUGAGUUGUGGGAUGUUGACUUUAGCUUCUCUCCCUCUCUCUCCGUAAAAGAGGUGGCCACCGUACUGCAGUGGAAGCUCUAG